AUGUACAAUGAACUGGUCGAAGAACGUUUGUCUCAAUUCACGAAGGCUGUCAAGAUAAACGAGCUCAAGGAGGAGAAAGAAGCCCUAACCAAGGAGCUCCGGGAGGCGAAGACCUUUAUUGACGGACCGAAGCCAAAUCCACCAUUACCAUGGUUCUUUGAGCGCUCAGACGAGGGUGCUGUCAAGGCGAAGGAGCAGAAGAACGACUCAUCCGCGUCUUCGACGUAUGUGCCUGUGUGUUUGAGGAAUACUCCAGGGGCUAGAAUGGUGGGUAGUAUAUGGCCGAAGGAUCCGGCGGAUGAGAAUGAUAGGUCUUCAUCCUCUGUCGGAGAGGCGACCCCUACCUUCAGCAAUGGUUUGGUGCAAUUCACGAACAAGUCCUGUGAUGUCUACAUGGCAGCCGAAUCUUACCUCCUUAUCUGA